GAAACUGGGCUCGAGGCGACAAAGCCGACUAUGAUGAAUGGGGAGCUACAGUUGGCUAUGACCGCUGGUCAUAUGCCGGCCAGCUUCCCUUCAUGAGGCAGUCCAAAGCCUGCCAACACCCCGACCGGAACCCGGAACAACACGGCUACACUGGAAACGUCUUCGCUCAAACGGUCACCUCGACCAACAGACCCUUCCCUCUUCGCAAAUGCGUGCUCCAGUCGUGGAAUGAGAUCGGAGUACCUACCCUGCCGGGGCUUGAUGGCAACGCAGGCAACCCUCUUGGUUGUUCUAUCCGCUCGAUGGAAUUACUGCUCGCCGAUACUCUGGUCGAGAAAGUGCUCGUCUCGACAGAUGAAGCAAUACACGCCUCCGGAGUUCAGCUCGCAAAUGGCACCCAGAUUCUCAGCCGACGAGUCAUCCUAUCAGCCGGCGCUCUUCGAACUCCUCAGAUCCUCAUGCUCUCUGGCAUUGGUCCUCGUGAUGAGCUAGAGCGCCAUGGUAUUGAGGUCAAGGUCGAAUCACCUGAAGUUGGCAAGAACUUCAUGCAGCACUCCUCUUCAACGACAUCGUGGGCCAUCAGAAACCCAGAGGAAGGUUGGAUCCCAGGUUCCGGAAACCCACUAUUCGACCAGGAGCAGUAUGGAUGGGACAACCCGCAGGACUUCAUGGUGUCCACACCCGUCGAUGCAUCGGGCUUGGCUGCAGCGAUCGAAGCCGACGAGGGCGCGGCGCCGGAUCCAAGCACGCAUCGUCUGCUUCAGCAGUAUCGUACGCUCUUGGAGCGCGUGUUCCAGUACUUCAGCUACGGAGGCGGUGCUAGUGGCACCACCUUCAGCUUCAUGUCUAUCUUCUUUCUCCCGACCUCUCGGGUAAUUACUCUUGCCUCCACCAACGCGAGCGACUUCCCGGUCGUCGACCCCAACUACUUCGGGACCAGCGUCGAUAGAUACGUGCAUCGCGAGGCUCAGAGAUUGCGGUACCGGUUCGCUGGGAGUAACGUCACUGUUCUGGGAAGAGAGAUCCUCGGAGGUCAAGUCGUUUCUGAGGGGCAGGAUGCUAUCACAGAAGGGAUCACGGACAGUGCUCUAAACAAUCGUCUUCGAGCUCCAUGUCGUGAAAGAUCUGCCUUUCACCCCUCUGGCACCGCGUCUAUGGGAAAGGUUGUGGACAAAAACCUGAAGGUGAAAGGAUUCGACAAUCUGUUUGUGGUGGACACUUCUGUGUUCCCUGUCCCGAUCACUGCCCACUUGUAG